AGAUUUCCGUUAAACUGUGAUUGUGGUCAUGGAAGAAAUAUCUUCUAAGCGAAAGUGCUGCACUCGCAGAGUUAAAAUUGUCAUCAGUGUGCUCUUGGGAGUGCCUUUCGUAUCCUUAUUGAUUCUUGUUGCCGUCUGUCUUGGCAAUGCAUUCAAUGCUCAAAAGCCCAAUUGGUUGCCAAUUACGGACGAGGAGGAUAUUCACUUACUCCCAAAUGACGAGCAGUCGAGGAAUGAGAGAAUCACACGUUUCCAGGGCGGACUUCGGUUCCCAACCAUUUCUACCUCAGCUGAAGAGGAAGCCAAGACGGAUGACCUCGAGAGAUUGAUAUCUUACAUCAUUCAGAGCUUUCCGAAAGUUCAUGGAGCGUCCGAACGUAUUCAGUUCUGGCGGCUGGGAUCAGAAUCACCGGGAUACAGCUUGUUGUAUAAGAUCAAAGGAGAUGAUACGCGUUUACCUCCAUAUCUGCUCAUGGCGCAUAUGGAUGUCGUUCCUGUGGAGGAAAGUCUCUGGGAUUUUGAUCCAUUCGGUGCCGUCAUUGAUGAUGGUUUCAUUUAUGCGCGUGGGACCAUCGAUGAUAAGAACAACGUUUUUGCAAUUUUGGAAGCGCUGGAAUACGUGUUAAUCCAAGAGAGGCGGAUUGAAAGGACCUUCUAUGUCGCUUUUGGACACGAUGAGGAGGUGGGCGGUGGUAAGGGAAACAAGAUAGUCAGCGAAUUUUUACGUCAGGAUUGCGAAGUUACGCAGUUGGAUUUCAUUCUAGAUGAGGGUCUAUUCAUCAUCGAGAAGUUGCUUCCAGGCGUCAGUGGACCAGUAGCUUUGAUUGGUGUUACUGAGAAGGGAUCAGCUACCGUUGACCUUAUAGUAGAUGGAAUGGAUGCGGGUCAUUCCAGCAAUCCUCCAAGGGAGUCGACAAUCGAUAUCCUGGCAUCUGGAAUCACGCGGUUGAGAUCUAGACCACACCCACUUUCUUUCGAUUCGUCUUCCCCCGAGUACCAAAUGUUGGAAAUACUCGCACCUUAUCCCGUAUCUUCCAAGUCAAGCUUCAUGUUCAAGACGGUUUACUCCAAUAUGUGGCUAUUUUCUGGUAUAGUCGCCAGUCAAAUGAGUGAGAAAAGGGUAACGGAUGCCGCUCUUCGAACGACGACCGCAUUUACCCUUAUAAAUGGCGGGAUAAAGGUUAACGUUAUGCCGUCUACUGCAUCGGCGACAGUUAAUCACAGAGUUCAUUAUCGCCAGUCGAUUGAAGAUGUCGUUGAUCAUGAUCGACAAGCAAUCCAAGACAAUCGAAUUAAAGUGGUCUUGCGGAAUGGCAGUUACCCAGCCCAUCCAGUUUCGCCGUAUGGCGCUAAUUCUGGUCCAUAUCGAAUGAUCGCGAAAAGCAUCCUUCAGAUUUACCCAGACGUUCCCAUCGGGCCAGCUACUCUUAUAGCGAAUACGGACACUCGGUGGUAUCUGGAUUUCACGAAAAACAUCUACCGCUUCAGUGCCAUAAAAAUGGAUGAGAAUGAAACAUCGAGGUUUCAUGGACAUAAUGAACGGAUCUCCGUGGAAAACUACCUGAACUUGAUCAAUUUUUAUUAUCGCUUGAUGAAGAACUGUGACGUGGACCCGGCGCGGAAAUCAAGAUUCACUCUUCAACAACUUAUAUUCGGAGAAAGCUUGUCGUAUCUUGAGAAGGACUCCGUCGCCGAAGAAAUGAAAAUUAUUGAGUUGAAAACGAAUGCAAAAUUCAAGUUUACUCCACUUCUCUCGCAUCGUGAUCGUCCGGACAUAAUGAUUUGCUCAAUAUCAAGUGACCUUUCUGAAUCAUCUGUGAAUUUGGCGAAAGAAGAAUUGCGAUUACUUCUGGAAUGUCGCUGUUCGGAGAUCGAAAGUUCUGAUCUACGUCAAGUUGAAUUUACAAUGAAUGCAGAUGAUUAUCAUUACUUGACGCACAACUGUGAAGAACUGCUCUAUCCUGAGGUGAAGAACUAUUACAAGAUGUUUGUCAUUGUUCCUCCGAAAGAAUUCAUCCAAGGAGUAUCGCAGUUCAGUGUAAAAGGCGAUAAAGAAUCAAAAUUGCGAUUCGCUUUCCGUAUCUACGACUUGGAUAAUGAUGGAUAUAUCUCUAACAUUGAGCUUUAUACGGUGUUGAAAAUGAUGGUGGGGAACAACUUGAAGGAAGCGCAGCUGCAACAGAUAGUGGAUAAAACGAUCUUAUUUCAUGACAAAGACGUGGACGGAAAAAUCUCCUUCGAAGAAUUCUGUGCCAUUGUUGGAAACAUGGAUGUUCACACGAAGAUGGUGGUCGACGUCUGA